AAGAAGACUAGUGAGCUAGAAGGUAUGGGACGCCCUGAUGCAGACCCUUCUGCCUAUGAAUCACAACAAAUUCAGACGGAAUGUGAGCUGCAACCUCAAGAAUAUGAGCCAAACCAUGAGGCCACACCAAAUAUUCCUGAUGACUAUGUAGCAGCAACCUAUCAGAACAAUCAAGAAGACCAGCAAUACCAGCCCCAGCAAAUGGUCGCACUAAUUGGAAAUGAUCCUCAGGCUCAACAACAACAGUUCCAGCCACAGCAAAUCCAACAGCAGUUCCAACCACAGCAGCCGCAGCAGCCACCACCAGCUCAGCCUCAGCCAAGACAAUACCCCCCACCACAUCCUAACCAAGCUUAUCCACCGGUCCAGCCCGCACCAUACCCACCUCAAAAUUUGCAAAAUAAUCCAGCACAUCCAAACUGGCCGAACCAGCAGCCUGCAUCAUAUCCACCACAGCCAGUGCAGUACCCGCCCAAAAGCCCACCAACCAAUCAGAUAUACUCAAAUGUAAGCCCACCAGUGAUGCAACCUCAGACCGUCUACGUCCCCUAACCUUUCAGCACAAGCAUUUCCUCAAC